GAUAUACUUGUCCCUCUGGGUAGUGAACCUGGUCCCCUGGUGGAGGAGCUGGGUAGUGUCGCUGGUCCCCUGGUGGAGGAGCUGGGUAGUCAACCUGGUCCCCUGGUGGAGGCGCCGGGUAGUGUCGCUGGUCCCCUGGUGGAGGAGCUGGGUAGUGUCGCUGGUCCCCUGGUGGAGGAGCUGGGUAGUCAACCUGGUCCCCUGGUGGAGGCGCCGGGUAGUGUCGCUGGUCCCCUGGUGGAGGAGCUGGGUAGUCAACCUGGUCCCCUGGUGGAUGAGCUGGGUUGUGAAUCUGAUCCCCUGGUGGAGGAGCUGGGUAGUCAACCUGGUCCCCUGGUGGAGGAGCUGGGUAGUCAACCUGGUCCCCUGGUGGAGGAGCUGGGUAGUCAACCUGGUCCCCUGGUGGAGGAGCCGGGUAGUGUCACUGGCCCGCUAGUGGAGGAGCUGGGUAGUCAACCUGGUCCCCUGGUGGAUGAGCUGGGUUGUGAAUCUGAUCCCCUGGUGGAGGAGCUGGGUAGUCAACCUGGUCCCCUGGUGGAGGAGCUGGGUAGUCAACCUGGUCCCCUGGUGGAGGCGCCGGGUAGUGUCGCUGGUCCCCUGGUGGAGGAGCUGGGUAGUCAACCUUGUCCCCUGGUGGAGGAGCCGGGUAGUGUCGCUGGUCCCCUGGUGGAGGAGCCAGGUUGUGUCACUGGUCCCCUGGUGGAGGAGCCAGGUUGUGUCGCUGGUCCCCUGGUGGAGGAGCUAGGUAGUGUCGCUGGUCCCCUGGCGGAGGAGCCUGGGUGUGACGCUGGUCUGGCGGAGGAAGCCAGGUGUGACGCUGGUCCCCUGGCGGAGGAAGCCAGGUGUGACACUGGUCCCCUGGCAGAGGAGUCUGGAUGUGACACUGGUCCCCUGGUGGAGGAGCCGGGUUGUGAAUCUAGUCCCCUGGUGGAGGAGUCGGGUUGUGAAUCUAGUCCCCUGGUGGAGGAGCCGGGUUGUGAAUCUGGUCCCCUGGUGGAGGAGCCGGGUAGUGUCACUGGCCCGCUAGUGGAGGAGCUGGGUAGUCAACCUGGUCCCCUGGUGGAUGAGCUGGGUUGUGAAUCUGAUCCCCUGGUGGAGGAGCCGGGUAGUCAACCUGGUCCCCUGGUGGAGGAGCUGGUUAGUCAACCUGGUCCCCUGGUGGAGGCGCCGGGUAGUGUCGCUGGUCCCCUGGUGGAGGAGCUGGGUAGUCAACCUUGUCCCCUGGUGGAGGAGCCGGGUAGUGUCACUGGCCCGCUAGUGGAGGAGCUGGGUAGUCAACCUGGUCCCCUGGUGGAUGAGCUGGGUUGUGAAUCUGAUCCCCUGGUGGAGGAGCCGGGUAGUCAACCUGGUCCCCUGGUGGAGGAGCUGGGUAGAGACGCUGGUCCCCUGGUGGAGGAGCCAGGUUGUGUCACUGGUCCCCUGGUGGAGGAGCCAGGUUGUGUCACUGGUCCCCUGGUGGAGGAGCCAGGUUGUGUCGCUGGUCCCCUGGUGGAGGAGCUAGGUAGUGUCGCUGGUCCCCUGGCGGAGGAGCCUGGGUGUGACGCUGGUCUGGCGGAGGAAGCCAGGUGUGACGCUGGUCCCUUGGCGGAGGAAGCCAGGUGUGACACUGGUCCCCUGGCAGAGGAGUCUGGAUGUGACACUGGUCCCCUGGUGGAGGAGCCGGGUUGUGAAUCUAGUCCCCUGGUGGAGGAGCCGGGUUGUGAAUCUGGUCCCCUGGUGGAGGAGCCGGGUUGUGAAUCUAGUCCCCUGGUGGAGGAGCUGGGUUGUGAAUCUGGUCCCCUGGUGGAGGAGCUGGGUUGUGAAUCUGGUCCCCUGGUGGAUGAGUUGGGUUGUGAAUCUAGUCCCCUGGUGGAGGAGUCGGGUUGUGAAUCUGGUCCCCUGGUGGAGGAGUCGGGUUGUGAAUCUGGUCCCCUGGUGGAGGAGCCGGGUUGUGUCGCUGGUCCCCUGGUGGAGGAGCUAGGUAGUGUCGCUGGUCCCCUGGUGGAGGAGCCGGGUUGUGUCGCUGGUCCCCGGUGGAGGAGCUGGGUUGUGAAUCUGGUCCCCUGGUGGAGGAGCCGGGUUGUGUCGCUGGUCCCCUGGUGGAGGAGCUAGGUAGUGUCGCUGGUCCCCUGGUGGAGGAGCCGGGUUGUGUCGCUGGUCCCCGGUGGAGGAGCUGGGUUGUGAAUCUGGUCCCCUGGAGGAGGAGGCCAGGUGCGACGCUGGUCCCCUGGCGGAGGAGCCUGGGUGUGACGCUGGUCCUCUGGCGGAAGAAGCCAGGUGUGACGCUGGUCCCCUGGCGGAGGAGUCUGGAUGUGACGCUGGUCCCUUGGCGGAGGAGGCCAGGUGCGACGCUGGUCCCCUGGCGGAGGAGCCUGGGUGUGACGCUGGUCCUCUGGUGGAAGAAGCCAGGUGUGACGCUGGUCCCCUGGCGGAGGAAGCCGGGUUGGUCCCCUGGCAGAGGAGUCUGGAUGUGACGCUGGUCCCUUGGCGGAGGAGGCCAGGUGCGACACUGGUCCCCUGGCGGAGGAACAGGUUGGGAUUGGAUAUGGAGAGGUGGGAGAGGACAGAGCAGUGUGCAGCUUCACACGUGACAGGCUGGGGUAUGAGCCACAUAUACCAGAUGUGUGAGCAGCUACUGAGCCCUGAACCGCCACACACAUCUGGCCAGCCUGCAAGCUAGCACAACAUCCGCAUUUAUCACUUUAUUAUACUCUUGAACUGACAUUAAUAUCAGUAAAGGUUGAAAUGGUGUCUCUGUGACGUGCGCACCUU